AUGGCUCAAAACGUAUCUCCCUUCCGAAGUGCAUCGUCACAGAUGCCUGCACUUACCCUAUCCGUCGGCCAACUCUUCAUCCAAUCCCAACUAUGCACCAAGCCCCAAUUACCCCCCGAGGACCUCGAUCUCUCAGGCCAAACAGCCAUCAUCACCGGUGCAAACAACGGAAUCGGCUUUGCAUGUGCCAAGCUUCUCCUCCAGCAUAAUCUAAGCCAUCUCAUCAUGGCGGUGAGAUCCAAAGACAAGGGCACUGCUGCAGCUGAGGAGCUUCGUCAAACAUCAGCAUCAACAAGUCCCCAGAUUGAUGUUUGGGAGCUUGACAUGGGGUCUUACCGCUCGAUUGAGGACUUUGCUAAGGGCUGCGAGACUCUGCCUAGGAUUGACCUCGUCAUUCUCAACGCUGGCAUGGGUGAUAUAACCUUCCAUCUUAACAAGGCAACAGGUCAUCAGGAGAUUGUGCAGGUCAACUUUCUCUCUAACAUGUAUCUAUCAGUUCUUCUCUUGCCUAUACUCAAGAGAAGGGCUCCAGCUCCGAAACCAGGCCGCCUCACUAUCGUCAGUUCCGGAACCGCCAUGCACUGCGAAUUACCUGAAGCCAAGACAGACCAUAUCAUCUCUGCGCUCGAUUCAGAAGCUAAUUUCGAUGGCAUGGGCCAUUACGGGAAAUCCAAGCUUCUCGGUCACUUCUUUAUCGACAAACUCUCUCAGCAUGUUGACCCAAGCGAUGUUGUCAUAAACCUUGUUGAUCCAGGCAUGACAAAGGGCACCGGGUUGAUGGACAAAGGGACUUGGCUGAUGAGAAUGGCGAUGGCCACAGCAACUAAGUUAGUCGGCCGUACGCAGGAACAAGCUGCCUCAACCUACGUUGAUGCAGCGAUAGUCAAAGGAGAGGAAUCCCAUGGGUCGUAUUUGAUGGACUGGAAGAUCUAUCCCUUCGGCGUAUACUACUACACUGAAGAGGGUAAGAGUGUUCAGGACAGGAUCUGGAGGGAGGUAAUGGAAGAGUUUGCGUUUGCUCGUAUGGAAGAGAUUAUACGUUCAUUGAAGAAGUAG